UCCAAGCUUGAAGUGUUUUAAAAACUCGUUAACUGUUUGAUGUCACCUGUGAGGCUGUUUUAGACUUUUCACUUGCUCAAAACCUAUGCUGUUCAGUAUUACCCGCCAAUUUCUCUUUCUCUCUAUUUGCAAGAAACAACAAUGCUUACCAGUUUUCGUAUUCUUCUUCUCUAUAUUCUAGUCUUUUCAACGAUCUUUAUACAAUCAAGAAGUCUUGCUAUCCCUCAAGAAUUAAGCAAUUUCUCCCAAAACCUAAUCCCUUUUAAUAAUAUUCCAACACCAACACCAUCACCAUCACCUUCUUAUUCAAUCUUUCUUGCACCAUCAAAUCACAACUCGACGGGUUCUCUAGUGCCUGCUUUUUUUAUCAUCGGUGAUUCCUCGGUUGAUUGCGGCACCAACAAUUAUCUUGGAACCUUUGCUCGUGCGGACCGCCGUCCUUAUGGUAGAGAUUUUGAUACUCACCAGCCUACUGGAAGGUUCUCCAAUGGCAGAAUUCCUGUUGAUUAUCUCGCAUUGCGCCUUGGGCUUCCCUUAGUACCGAGUUAUCUUGGUCAGGUGGGAACUGUUGAAGAUAUGAUUCAUGGAGUGAAUUAUGCAUCUGCUGGUGCUGGAAUCAUUUUCUCAAGUGGGUCUGAAUUGGGUCAAAGAAUCUCCUUCACCCAACAAAUUCAGCAGUUUACAGAUACCUUUCAAUCAUUCAUUUUAAGCUUGGGUGAAGAUGCUGCAACUGAUCUCAUCUCCAAUUCCGUCUUUUAUCUUUCAAUAGGAAUCAAUGAUUACAUACAUUACUAUCUUCGUAAUGAAUCUAAUGUACAAAAUUUGUACCUCCCAUGGAGUUUCAGCCAGUUCUUAGCGUCAGCAAUGCGGCAUGAGCUUAAGAACUUGUACAUUAUGAGUGUCAGGAAAAUUGUAGUUAUGGGGUUGGCACCUAUUGGUUGUGCUCCUCACUACUUGUGGAGGUACAGCAGCAAGAACGGAGAGUGUAUCACACAGAUAAAUGACAUGGUUAUGGAGUUCAACUUUUUUAUGAGAUACAUGAUUGAGGAGCUUGGCCAGGAGCUUCCUGAUGCCAAAAUUAUCUUCUGUGAUAUGUAUGAAGGUUCCAUGGACAUAAUCAAGAAUCAUGAACUUUAUGGUUUUAAUGUGACUACUGAUGCUUGCUGUGGGAUAGGCAAGUACAAGGGUUGGAUCAUGUGCAUAGCUCCAGAAAUGGCCUGCAGAAAUGCUUCAACUCACAUCUGGUGGGAUCAGUACCAUCCAACCGAUGCAGUGAAUGCUAUUUUAGCAGACAAUGUGUGGAAUGGCCUGCACACGAAAAUGUGCUAUCCCAUGAACUUGAAGGACAUGGUGAGUCGGUCCUGA